AUGCAGUCGGCCUCUCAAUUUGGAAGGAGAAGAAAAUUGUGCAGAGGAACUACAAGAUACGUAUUCCUGGAAUCUCACAAAAUCGCUGGAUUUCUCGUCGUCACGGUUGCGAUUGAAGAGGCAUCGGAAUUCUCCGUAGGGGAUUCUCAGAGGUUGCAGUCACCAGAUCUAGCAGAUCCAAGGUGCGCCUCUCCAUCAGCCUUAUGGUGCAUCUCUCGAUCAUUACCGUUCAAUCAUCAUAAAUCAAGAACUGACGUUCCAGAAGCAAGUUCCCAUCGUAGACCCCGCGGAGCAGCCACACCAGAUCACAUAGCUUCCUUCGACUUAGGCUUGUUGUUUUAG